CGACCAAUGAGAGCGCUCGGUGCCGCUCAGCCAGGCUCCUAUAAAACUUUGUGCGCCUCGGAUUCAGGAGCUCAGUUUCCACUUUGGCCUCAAACGUGAAGAAAAGACAGAAGCGAUGAUGCUGCCUUUAGCCGUGUUGACCGUGUGCCUCGGUGCAGCCCUGUCGGCCCCCAGCCUGGACCCCCAGCUGAACGACCACUGGGGCCUGUGGAAGAGCUGGCACACCAGAUUCUACCACCAGAGGGAGGAGGGCUGGAGGAGGAUGGUGUGGGAGAAGAACCUGAGGAAGAUCGAGCUGCACAACCUGGAGCACUCCAUGGGCAAACACUCGUACCGGCUGGGCAUGAACCACUAUGGGGACAUGACCAACGAGGAGUUCAGGCAGCUCAUGAACGGCUACAAGCACAAAGCCGACAGGAAGCCCCGGGGGUCCCUGUUCAUGGAGCCCAACUUCCUGGAGGCCCCGCGCUCCGUGGACUGGAGGAAAAAGGGCUACGUCACCCCCGUUAAGGACCAGGGUGAGUGUGGUUCCUGCUGGGCCUUCAGUGCUACCGGCGCCCUGGAGGGUCAGAUCUUCAGGAAGACGGGCUCUCUGGUGUCCCUGAGCGAGCAGAACCUGGUGGACUGCUCGCGGCCCGAGGGCAACGAGGGCUGCAGCGGCGGCCUGAUGGACCAGGCCUUCCAGUACGUGGAGGACAACCAGGGCCUGGACUCUGAGGCCGCUUAUCCCUACAAGGGCGUGGACAACCUGCCGUGCAAGUACGACCCCAUGUUCAACUCCGCCAACGACACGGGCUUCGUGGACGUCCCGAGCGGGAAGGAGCACGCGCUGAUGAAGGCCGUGGCCGCCGUGGGGCCCGUCUCCGUCGCCAUCGACGCCGGACACGAGUCCUUCCAGUUCUACCAGUCGGGGAUCUACUACGAGGAGGGCUGCAGCAGCCAGGAGCUGGACCACGGCGUGCUGGUGGUGGGUUACGGCGCCGAGACGGAAGACGAGGACGGGAAGAAGUUCUGGAUCGUUAAAAACAGCUGGGGGGAGAAGUGGGGCGACGGCGGCUACAUCUACAUGGCCAAAGACCGGAAGAACCACUGCGGAAUCGCCACGGCCGCCAGUUAUCCCCUCGUCUGACGUCGGCUCGGCUGCACAGCUACUUGUUUUCUGUUGUUGUUGUUUUUUUAAAAUUGCAAUAGCUCGGCCGGGAGCCGCCGGCGAGGCUUCGGUCAGAGCGGCGGCGGGAGAUCGCACAAUGUUUUAUAAAGAGAAACACUGUUUUUAGGGAAAUGGCGCCAUUUUGUGUUUGGCUGGGUCUCUGCCACUUUUAUUUAGUCGAGUGUUUUAUUCUUUGUAAAUACGCGUAUGUUACUUGGUAGGUGGUAAAUUAACUUGCUUCAGGUCAUUUGUAAAUGAUUCUUUUUACUUUUACUAUGAUCGAAUAAAGUUGUGAAACACUA